AUGUUCAUGUUUCAUUUGUUGCUCUAUUCUUGCAUUAGUAGAGUAGCUAAAAGUGAAGCAGAUUAAAUAAGGUUACUUACAUCCAACGCAUGCUCGUCAAAUACAUUGUUUUAUCCUCUGAUAUUUGGAGGUUCAGAAUCCGAAUGCACCAAAGACAUUAUAUUUGAUGGGUUUUAUGCAGACUCUAGCGCAAACUUAGUUAUAACUGGAAGAGUUGACAAUUCCUUAUCAGUCAGGAAUGUAAAAUGGAUGAAAAUAUUUUAAAGUAAUCCACCUGCAAAUUUUCUCUCUCCAGUUAUUUCAGAUAAUACUGUUUAUGCAAUCAUCUUAAGUGCAUCUAUUUUGAGAAUGACAAAAAUAGAUAUUGCUACUGGAAACGAAUUAACCUCCCUUAAUUUUGAUGAUAUGUAUAGUUAAGGAACUAUCAGUAAUGUCAAAGUUCAUGUUGACACUAACAGCGACAUCUAUCUUAUGAUUAACUUGAAUACCAAUUACUUCUCCUAUUCUUAAAGUGAAGGAAUGAUUGUAAGAUUGGAUUAAAAUCUAUAGACUUAAUGGUUGUCUAGAAUACACGGAUCAUCUCAAAAAAUAGGAAUAAACUAUUAUGAUAUGGAUUUCUAAAUAGAUCUAACAUCUUUAUGGAAAUUUAGCUUAGCUUUUACUGAUUCUUCAACCUUUAAAUUUAUCGUAAACUAAAUAUAAAAAAGUGAUGCUACUUAUCAAACUGAAGCUACUUGGAGUAAUAGUAUGCCAUCUACAAUUAUUGGCUCCAUAAGGCUAACAAGUGACAUGACUUAAUGGAUAACUCUCUGUUAAAUAGACAUUUCAGACAACUUAUCAUUUUAAGUUGGCCAAACUUCAACAAAUACUCUUAGUUCAAAUUACAUUUCUAGUUUAAUACUUCAAUCAGUAGAAUUCGAGAUUAAUUCUCAAGUUCAAAUUCUUUUACUGAAUGUAAUUCCUAAUAAUGGAUAAAUUUUAACAAGCAGACUCAUUUAAAAAGGUAGCUCAUCACCAAUUAUUUCUGCAAAACUAUUCUUGAGGUAAAUCGGGUCAGGUUAAUUAGUUUAUGCUUUUCAAAAUCAACAAUACCUAUCGACAUUAUAUCCAUCAAGAUUGAUAGUUUUUGCUUCCUCAGAUAUACUCUCGGAUACUAAACAAAGUUGUGUUAAUUUUACUAAUCCUGCUGUAUCAGCAUUUUUGUCUGGUGAAAUUUCAGGCUCAACUAGUUCUACUACUUUACUUUUUAAUCCUACAAUAGAAACUCUAAUGUUAAAUACAGCUGAUUCAGGAUUAGUUGAUUCAGCUUAACCUGCUUCAUAUUAUUAUGCUAUGAGAGAUAUAAAUUCUCUCUAUUCUUGCAGACUUCCAAUUAUAUUCAAUCCUUCUGAAUUAGUGUAUGAUUUUGACAGUUAAACUGGCUAAAAUAUUGCUUAUACAAUAGGAGUUUAGACUUGCUUGGGAUAAUCUUAUAAAAUUUAAUCAAUUACAUAAUAGACAGGAGCUGCUCUUGAUUCAACCAAGUUUGAAUUUAGUUAAUCAUUGAGUACUCUCUAUGUAAAGUUUUUAGAUACAGAUUAGACUGAUUAUGUCGGGUUAAGAUAUUUAAAAGUUACUGCUUUAUACUCAGGCGAUUUAAUCUCCUCAUUCAUAAGAUUGAUAGGUCUUCCUCCGAAAAAAUAUAUCCUAGAUCCUUAGAUUCCUAACCAUGAUCUAAGCAAUUGCACUUUAAAUAUCUAUCCGUUUUAUUAUGGACAUACAUUUUAAGUUAAAACUAAUUUCUUUGACAUUGAUUAGUUUGGAAAUUUUCUGCUAGCAGGAUAAGGGACUAAUUCUCCAUUUGGAUAAUCAGGGGAUUUAAGUAUUGGUAGAGGAUUUUUAACUUCAAUGGAUCAGAGAUCUAAACCUUAUUGGAUAUACCGAGUAGAAUCUGAAAUAACUCCAGUUACUGCUAGUGAAUGCUUUCAUAUUAGCCAAUACUCAACUUAUAUUUAUGGACUCUGCUCUGCUAAAAAUAAUUACUAUCCUGAAAUUGCCUCUUCACCUAUUUUAAUAAAAUUGCAACAAAAUUCUGGAUAAGUUGUGUAUCUUAAAAAUCUACCUUUAAGUAGAUACUCUCCUUCAACACAAACUCCAUUAUUAAUUAUCAGAUGGAUUGUUGAUUAAAAAAUCAAAGCUAGACAGUGGCUAAGCUGA